UGUUACGCAGCUAAUGAUGUCAUCAACACCAGGAAGUUCCAACACAGUCCGUACAGACGUUGUGCUUGGAAGCUGAAUAUCUUUAGUUGGCUUUAUUCUUUAUAGACAAAUUGAAAACAAUCACAUUUGGUCUGGUAGAGUAUCGUUAUAUGUUUCGUGUCAUCUAUUUGUGCUAGAAUGCGUUAUUAUCGCUUGCGUUUGCUGGCUAGCGAACAAGCUAACAGCUAGUUAAGGUUGUUUUGGUUAUUUUUGUUAGCGUUAUAUUACACUGACGGUGUCUAGACUCGGCUUUCUUUGCCAAUAACGUACAUUUAAAUGCAUAUUUCUACAGUCGAAUCCGGACACAAUUAUAUCUGCUUGAGUCUACAAAAGAAAGAGUUAGUGUGAAUCGUGGGUAGUGUAGCAGCUAGCUGGUUAGCUAACAUCAAACGUCGGUCGGCUAACUUUAGCUUCCAGUGUUUGGGACCGUCUGGUUUGUCCCUUUUCCCGAAGAUUGGACCUCUGGUGAGCUUCAACAGCUCUCUGUGAACCGGAUCCAAUGCGGGGGAUGAUGGGGACCCAGAGUAGUCCAGUGAAGAGUUACGACUAUCUCCUGAAGUUCCUUUUGGUCGGAGAUAGCGAUGUUGGGAAGGGAGAAAUCUUGGAAAGUUUACAAGACGGACCAGUGGAGUCUCCCUAUGCCUACAGCAGUGGCAUUGAUUACAAGACAACUACUAUCCUGCUUGAUGGAAGAAGAGUGAAAUUAGAGUUAUGGGACACAUCUGGGCAAGGCAGAUUCUGCACCAUCUUCAGGUCUUACUCUCGUGGAGCACAGGGGAUCUUGCUUGUGUAUGACAUCACUAACAACUGGUCGUUUGAUGGCAUAGACCGCUGGAUACGGGAGAUCGAUGAGCAUGCACCAGGUGUACCCAGGAUCCUGGUGGGAAAUCGUCUUCACCUGGCUUUCAAGCGGCAGGUGCCAACAGAGCAGGCUCGCGCCUAUGCGGAGAAGAACAGCAUGACUUUCUUUGAGGUCAGUCCGCUGUGCAACUUCAACGUCAUCGAAUCCUUCACAGAACUUUCACGCAUUGUGCUGAUGAGGCACGGGAUGGAGAAAUUCUGGAGGCCCAACAGAGUCUUUAGCCUCCAGGACCUGUGCUGCCGUUCCAUCGUCUCCUGCACCCCUGUGCACCUCAUUGACAAGCUGCCCCUCCCUGUCGCCAUCAAGUCCCACCUCAAGUCUUUCUCCAUGGCCAACGGCAUGAACGCGGUCAUGAUGCACGGACGUUCAUAUUCGGUGGCCAACAGUUCAGCAUCUGGGAGUAGCGGCUGCGGUGGUGGGAGCAAGGGCAACAGCCUGAAACGCUCCACAUCGUUCAGGCCUCCACAGAGUCCUCCGAAGAGCUCGUCAUCAUCCUCUAAGGGGAACUGUAAGAUCUCGUAGUGAAGGAUUGGAGUACUGGUUAAAUUAAUAAAUGUGUUGUCGCUCCAAGAGGUCCUGAAGGCCAUAAAGGAGCACGGAGAGCCACAAGCAAUCCUCACCAGGAGCAUAUUUAGCUGUGAACUUUAGAUUGGUUUCUUUGCGAUGUGCUGGACCGUAUUGUGGAUGUUCCGUUUACCCGUACUGUUCACCGAGAGAGGCUCACUAUGAUCAAGUAAAACCAGAUUACCCCUGGGACCGACAGAUGUGAAUCUAAGGAGCAUGGCUCACCUGUUAACACUACAAAUGAGUGGAGGGAUGUCAGCUAUCUUUUAUUAUGAAAAAGGAUCUAUGGUAUUUAAAGUUGUAAAUAAGCUGUAUGUGCUUGUUGUAUUGGUCUGUGUUUGGUGAUUCGAUCCCGGAGAGGAGCUUCUUAUGCUUCUUUUUGUCUUCAAUGUUUUGGCAGACCUGCUUUCGGUCUACCAAUUUAUCUGUGUUUCUUACGUCUACCAUGGAACACUCCUUUCAAGGGUGCUUAUUUAAAACUCAGAUUUGUUUUUAAUUGAGGCUUGAAUUGAAUGUCACAAGAAGCAAAAUAAAUAACGAGACCGUUCUCUAGCACUACUCAAUCUGUGGAAACGACAAAGUUGAGCCAAGUUGUCUGGUUUUUAAAGACUUCCUGUGGUGCCACCGUUUUUUAAUUUCAGCCCAAAUGAAUUCACCCUCCAUCUCCAUCAGUCAUCGGGUUUGGACAUCUGUUGACUUUCUCAGGCCAUUUUCGCCUCUUAAUCUAAUAUUCUCAGUUGCAGCUUUAUCACUUUAACUGGUUUUAGCAGCAUGGUCAGUUAUCAAAGUAUUAACUUUUUGGGGGGAAUUUCCAGAGAUUGAUUGUGCUGAUGAGGAAACCUUGAACAAGAUGGAGCCUUCGAAAAGUGCUCUUGUGUCUUUAGCAGUAAAUUGUAAACUCGCUUUGGUGAGAGGAAUAUUUUUUAAUGGAUUGCUUUUUGGGGAUUUGUAUAUGCAAUGUAUUUAUGAAUGUAAAACAAUAUUCUUCUGCUACUUUGCUGUGUCUGUGCAGUAAUAUGUGGGACUGUGAGAAUCAGAGGUGGUAAGUUAUAUUCAUAUUUUUUAACACGUUUUGUGUAUUUUUACUGUAAUUUUAUUAUUUCCCAACCCUCCUCAAAAUGUGUACAAUAGGAGGGGUUAGAAUGUGAUGUCAGAGGAAGACUUGGACUUUAAAUCAUAGCUAACAAAAAAUAUUUUUUCUUUUUCCAGAAAUCCGAACAAACGCUUUUAUUUGAGUUUCUCAAGUUUCUUUCCACCUCUGAAUUACCGUGCUUUACUUCCACUCCAACAUUCCCAGUGUCAUGGCGUUAUAUCUGUGAUACGCUCAUUGAGGGCAUAAAAAAAUGUGGUGCAUGUUUUCUACUGGCGCCUGUUGUCUGAGACAGAAAUGUAAAGCACUAUUACGUAAACGUUUGAUAAUCAGAACUGUGUUUGCAUACAAUUGUGACUCCAUUGAAAACAGACCUCCAGCAAAAUAAAGGGUAAAGCUACA